CCAGAAAGGUCUCCACAGCAUAUGACCUCAGCUCUCUUGGUAUUCUACUCCAGUCCAGGACUAUGCCAAUCUGUGGCCAUGUUCCCGCCAGCCAGUCACCUCCUGUCCCUGCUGCUGGUGAUAGACGCAGGGGGGACCGUGCCCAGCCCCCAGGGGGUUCCCCAGGGCUGCUAUGCAGCAGAGGAAGCUGGGGAGAGGACCUUCCGCUGCAGCCAGGCGGGUCUGAGCAUCGUGCCCACCAGCAUCCCCAACGACACCCGCAAGCUCUACCUGGAUGCCAACCGGCUGGUGUCGGUGCCAGCUGGUGCCUUCCGGCACCUGCCUGUCCUGGAGGAGCUGGAUCUGUCCCAUAACAUCCUUGCCCACCUCUCAGGGGCUGCUUUCCAGGGCCUGGCGGGCACACUGCGCCACCUCGACCUCUCUGCCAACCAGCUGGCCUCGGUGCCCGUGGAGGCUUUCAUGGGGCUAAAGAUCCAAGUGAACCUGUCUGCCAACCCAUGGCGCUGUGACUGUGCCCUCCAGGAGGUGCUCCGUCGGGUGAGGCUGGCCCCAGGCACUGGGACGGGCAUUGUGUGUGGCCCAGAAGCCCGACCGGACCUUGUGGGGCAGAAGUUCCUGCCACUGGUCGGGGAGGAAGAGUUGUGUGGGACAGGGCGGGGCGGGGCCCGGCGCAGCACUGACGUGGCCCUGCUGGUCACCAUGGGGGGCUGGCUGGUUCUGGUGGUGGCUUAUCUGGCCCACUACGUGUGGCAGAACCGGGACGAGACCCGACGUCCCCUCAAGCAGGCCCAAGUGCUGCCUGUGCGCUCUGAGGAUUCCUCCACCCUCAGCACAAUGGUCUGA